ACCACUGUCACCUCACCCCCUCACCACCUCCUGUACUGCUUUUUUUUUUUUACUUUCAGACACAAAGCACUGAUAUUUAUGCUCACAGUCAGUUUCACACAUGCGGCGUGAACAGCCGAGGCAAGGGUUAAACCAUCAUUUUACAUCUAUCACCCAACAUAACGUCAACAUGUAUCUGUUAAAUAUUUGCAUCUGUGCCGGCCUCAUGCUGUCCCUGCCUCAGCGUACGUAUCAAUCAUGCACAGAAGGGAAACCCAGCCAGUGCCUAGAGGCAGAAUUUGCUCCGGGCACCAAUUUGGCCGGGGAAGGCUUCGAUAUCACAAAAAUGGAACGUAAAGGGGCCUUCGUGCUCGACAUGAAUCACUGGAAACGAAAGGACAAAACAUGCACCCUGUGUAGCAACCCCUAUCAGGAGAACCAAAAGCAAAAGCUCCCCUUGUCAGUGGUGGACUGGAGGCCAAAGCAGUCCUGCAGGAUGAAAUUAGCCACUGCGCUCCACAAAUCCAGUGAGUCUCUGCUCAGUUCCAGCACAUCUUCUGUUGAAAACAACUGGGGAGCCAAUCUGGAUGUUAAUGUGGGUAGUAAAAGUGGCUCGUUUAUGCUGGCUGGCACCAAUUCUAAAUUGGCUGAAUACUCCAUGGAGAAAACAAAGAAUGACAAGUAUAGUUUUGCAACCCAAAGUAUGUCCUGUGAGUACUACAGUUACCGAGUGUCUAGCAAGCCCAGGUUGCAUAGAGAGUUUAAAAUAGCAGUGAAUCAGCUCCCCAAAGUCUACAGCCCUGAGUACAAGCAACGGUUUUACAAUCUGAUUGACAAAUUUGGCACCCAUUACAUCACCAAGGUGAAAUUGGGAGGAAGUGUUAACUCUGUGACCAGCAUCCAAGAGUGCAAGGCCAGCCUGCAGGGCCUCAGUUCGGAGGAAGUGGAGAUGUGCCUGGAAGUCGAGGCGUCCGCCAGCAUCAAAGCUGAAAUGAAGACCCAAGCAAAACACUGCAACAAGGACAGUGAGAAGACGGAGAGUAAGUCAGCGUUCGCCAGCGUCUUCAACGACAGGUUCACAGAAAUAAACGGGGGCCACACCACCGAGCCAGACCUUCUCUUCUCUGCUGACAAAAAUCCAUCGGCCUACACAGAUUGGCUGAGCUCAUUAUCACGGAAUCCAGACAUAAUCUCAUAUUCCCUGGAAUCGCUGCACGAGUUACUGGAUGCCAAAAAGCCUGCCCGGAAGAACGUGCGCUCUGCAAUUAGACAUUACAUCCUGGAGAAGGGCCUGAUGAGGAACUGCAGCGCCCGCUGUCAGAACGGCAAGAACAACCCGAGGGAUCCCUGCGUCUGCAACUGCCACAAUGACCCCGCUGUAACCCCAGACUGCUGCCCGACCCGUAAGGGCAUGGCACGGGUCAUCAUAACUGUACAACAUGCCACCGGUCUUUGGGGAGACCACACCACUGCCACAGACGGCUACGUGAAAGUGUCCUUCAACGGGCAGAUGGUGCGGCGUUCUCCUGUCAUUUACAACAACAACAACCCCCACUGGAACAUGAUCGUCGACCUGGGCAGCCGGGAUGUGUCUGCAGGACCUAAAGUGAGAUUUGAAAUGUGGGAUGAGGACAGCGGCUGGGACGACGACCUGCUUGGAGAAUGUGAGCAAUUUGCGUAUGUGGGAGUGAAAACGGAUCUCUGUAACCUGCAGCACGGCAGGCUGUUCUACAAAGUGGAGGUGACAUGUGCUCCGAAUCUGAGCGGAAAGUCAUGCACGGACUAUAAACCUUCGCCUAUGAGUCAAAGUCUGAAGAAGCUUUAUGUGUCCCGUCAUGCCCACCCUAUUCCAAAGGCCAUCCUGUCAGAGAUGGGUGUGUUUGUGAAUGAAACAAGCUCAUACAGAAACCAGAGUCUUACUGCUGAGAGUCGAAAGUAUGAUGAUGUGAUAUGAGGACCGUCUACGGCUUUAAUGUGGCUCACAUAGCAACAUUACUCUUUUCAUUUGGUAAACUGAUAAGCUGAAGGCAACUCAAUAUUAGGAAAAUGCUAUUGCUCACUUUACAGUUUCUGUAUAUUGAAUGAUUUGUGUUUGACAAAAGAGAAUUGCUAAUGCAGGCUUUCUGCAAUCUACAUGAACAAAAAGAAGCAUGUCACUGAAAUUUAUUGUUUUAAGUUUAUUUAAAGAUUUUAAAACAUUUAAAAUAUGAAUUAAAAAAGUAGAAGGUAAUAUAUUCCCAUUUUUAUCAACUGUAUCUACAUAUCCGCAUCAUACUCUAUAAUACUGUAUGUAUAUAUUGUAGACACCAGCCUUGUUUUAACAGCAAAAUGUGAGUUUGGUUUAAUGCAGCUUUUAUUCACAACCUUUAUUAUGCUUCAGUUUUUAUAUACUUCAGUUUGUAUAUUCAAGACCUACAUAUUUGAAGAUUUUGUUUGAUGCAUUUUGCUGUUUCUACAUAACUACUUAUAACAUGGUUGGUGUGCUUUAUGUAUUUUAAUCACAUUGUUGUAUUU